GCCACCUCCCCAGGGAUCCAGGAGCCACGUUGCUGUGGUGUUGGUGGCACUUGUCCUCUCGAGUGCAAUAAAAGCCGCCCCUUGGCCCCAGGUGCGCAGAGCAGCACCCGCACUUGCCUGUCACUGGCUGUGGGACAGGACCCACCUCGGGGUGCAGGAUCCGGGGGUGCCACAGCCUUUUGCUGACCUCCCACCGAAGAUGCUGAGGGCCUGGCAGCCCCCCUCACUCCUGGUCUUGCUCGUCCUUGCUGCCACUGCCCAGGGACAGGACGGCACUGGCCCCAAGGAGCUGCAGCCCUGGCUUGUCGGCCUCACGGCUGUCGUUGUCUUCCUCUUCAUCGUCUUCAUCGUCCUGCUCGUCAACCGGCUCUGGAAGCUCCGGAUGCACAGGAAGCAGGGCAGCCUCCAGGACAGCCCAUGGACCAACAGGCUGGAGCGCACCGGCCGCGCCAACCCGGCGGCUGAGAAGGGCAGCGACGAGGAGAGCGACGGCGAAGGGCGGAAGAAUGCCACGCCGCUGUAAGCCGAGGCCGGCGCCGGGACCCCCGCGUCGGGCAUCGCGCCCCCAGCCCAGUCCGCGGGGCGGGAAUCCACGCCGGGUUUUGCGGGUGCGGCCGCGGGGCGGGAGGUGUCGUGGGGCGGCUCCGGCUGCAGCCACAAUCCGGCGUGGAUCCACCGCCGCCGGCGGAGUGGAUCCGGGAGGGCAGCGCAGGGACCCCCCGCACCCCUGCAUCUGGCUGGUCCCCCCGUGGCGGGAGGGAGUUGAACCCCAGUAAAGGUCCCCAGUGUCAA